AUGCAGCUCCCCUGUAACACGGGUAAUUGGCAGCUCCGCACAGCCCAAAUCCCAAUCGGUCCCCUCAACGUCACCCGCAUCUCGCGCUCGUUUAAGCGAUUGUGCGACGACGGCGUGAUGCAGAUCAUCAACUAUGAGUCGGGCGUCGGUACUGGUAGCAAUCUCCUUGAUAGCGUAACCGGCGGCGCGUUUGGCGUUGGACUUUCGGAGCGAGUCCGGGAAGCCUACCAGUUCAUUUGCGCCAACUAUUGCGACGGCGACGAAAUCGUGCUCAUCGGCUACUCGCGCGGCGCCUACACCGUUCGGUCCGUGGCGGGCAUGAUUGGCGAAAUCGGUCUCCUGACGAGGGAGGGCAUGGAAAUGUUCUACCCCAUCUUCAAAGACAUGGAGAACUGGAUGGACAAGGGGUACAAGGACCAGUUCCCCACCAUCCCUUUGCAGACAAGCCCAAGGGAGCUGGUGCUUCUAAGCUGUACAAGGCUCGGCUUGAAAAGCACAUAUCAAUUCUAUGACACCAACCUGUCCGUCCAGAUCGAGCACGCCUUCCAGGCCCUUGCCCUCGACGAAACCCGCCCUCCCUUCAGCCCUGCCGUCUGGGAGCGUCUCCCCACUAACAAGCUCACCACCGACCUCCGGCAGGUGUGGUUCCCUGGCAACCACGGCAACAUUGGAGGUGGUUGGGCCGACCAAGGCGUUGCCAACAUCACCCUUGCUUGGAUGAUGGACCAGCUUGCCUCUGUCGGUGUUGAGUUUGACGAAAAGUCUCUUGAGAAGAUCUUCAACCGUCAGGUUGAGUACUACGACACAACGGCCAAGGAGUCCCCCUCGAUCAAGAGCACCUCCAGCGCUCUCUACGUUCUCGCCGGCCAGAAGAACCGCACGCCCGGCGUGUACAGGAAGACGGACCCCAAGACGGGGCUACCCACCAAGGAGUUCCUCGUCGACACCAACGAGCGCAUCCACCCCUGCGUCAGGGUGCGCCUGUGCUGCAAGGGCCUCGGCCUCAACGACAGCGCCGUCUGGGACCCGGAGCCGCUCAAGAAGUGGAAGCUCAAGCGCGUCGGCGCCGCGACCGCGACCGCCGCCAACGGCAAUGGCAAGGCCGACGCCGUGGUCAAGGUGGAGGCGCUGGGCGGCAACGAGGCCUGGGGCCCGUCCAAGACUGAGCAGGAGGACAUCAAGGACGCGGGCCAGUGGGCGUGGCAGUACAACGGCACCGAGGCGGACGCACCGCCAGUCAAGACCCUGAUGGAGGAAAAACUCGGCCCCUACGAGAGGUACUUUUGA